CAGCACCAGGCAUCCCUAGAGUCCGUGAAGUAUUAUUGAACUCAUCGCGUCCGAUGAUGUCUUCACCACCACGAGAUCUCCAUACAUCGCCUCAUUUCGCCAGUGAAAUCAGCCACAAAAAUGUGGGGAACAAUAACAACGAUAAGAGACACGAGUGCGGUGAAAACCACGACAAAAACAACAAGAAGAACAACCACAACUACGAUAAAAAUCCCGAUAAAAGCAAUAAGUGCGACGAAAACCAUGACAAAAACAACACGGAGAAGUACGACAACAAGCACCUGCGGUUGACCGCUGGCGUGGCGCGGGCGGCGGUGCUCGCUGCGGGCGCCGUGACGCGCGUCUGGCAGGAGUCGCCGUCCGUGGUGGGCUGCAGCGUCGCGGUGGGCGACCCACUUUUCCGCUUCAAGGCUGGCCAGUGGGUGGACGUGCACAUCCCCGGGGUGGACGUGGUGGGGGGCUUCUCCCUGUGCUGCGCCCCCCACCAGUUUGCUGGGGACGGUCACGUCACGCUCGGCAUCCAACGCUCCAACUGGCCGCCCGCUAACUGGUUCCAUCAGCAGGGGCUGCUCGAGGACUUGUGCCGCCAGUCCCCCAGCCUGCAAGUAAUGUUCUUCACCACACGCGACCCUCCCGACCCCAGCCUGUCACCACUCCCGCACAAACGAGGCCGCAUUGCCAGGGCCGACCUCUUGGCAGCUCUUGACCACCUCACCCGCGGGCGCCCAACUCCCGCGGCGCCCCCGCCGCCCCCCUACGGCGCCCCUGGGGACAACCCUCCCCCAGACAUGGGGAGGGGGGCGGCGCCCCUGUCCCCCUACAGGACCGUGCGGGCGUUCGUGUGCGGCCCUCCAGCGAUGAUACGUGACGUCACGGAAAUGUUGGCCGAAUUUGGCGUCCCGGAAGAUCAAAUUUUGUUCGAGAAAUGGUGGUGACAUGUUGAUGGUUGGUUAAAAUGGUGGUGACAUGUUGAUGGUUGGUUAAAAUGGUGGUGACAUGUUGAUGGUUAGUUAAAAUGGUGGUGAAACGAUGAUGGGUGGUUAAAAUGGUGGUGAAACUAUGAUGGUUAAUUAACAUCACCUUUGUAAAUUCACAGUGGAUUGGGACGCAAUAAUAUCUCUCCUGCAUGAAA